AUGAAUACAUGGGAUUCGAGAAUCUAUGCAAGUAUAACGUUUCAAAUUAGAUUGAAGACUUUUGGGUUGUGGAAAUUGACGUUGAAGGCGGGUUGUGGAAGUCAGAUGUUGAUACAACGUUGUUUUGUUGAAAGUGUUUUUAAGUGUGUUUAUGUGUUUAUUUGA